UGUUUGUCGUGUGACUGAUGUGGAUUCAGCAGAAUGGAUCAGUGUGAGGACAGAGAGGAGGGAGCCCCUCCCCCAAAGACCACCAACAGGACCCCCCCAGGACCUGGACUGGACAGACCCUCCGAAGCUCAGAGACCUGGACCAGGACCAGGACCUGGACCCAGCUGUGGGUCCAUGAAGAGUACUGAGUCCAAGAAGUUCCUUAUGACCUUUCAACAGGAUGGUUCAUCCAAGAUCCACCACCGACCAGAGUCCUCUGGACCUGAUCCUGGACCUGGAUCCAGUUGUGUGCCCUUCAGGAGUGACUGGUCCAAGGGGAACCCACCUGAUUUUUCAACAGAGAUAGACUCGGAAACACAGAUGGCACCACUUAAAGAAAGUCUGUUGAAAAUUCCGGAGAAUUUGGUCGACGGCGAUUUUAAAAAGUUCAAGUGGCUCUUGAAAAAUGAAAAACCAUCCAUCCCAGUGAGUAAACUGGAGAGAGCAGACCGAAUGGACACGGUAGAUCUGAUGGUCCAGACCUACUACACAAAUACUCAAAAAGUCACUGUAAGGGUUCUGGAGAAGAUGGACAGGACUGAUCUGGUGAAGAAACUUUCAAAAGGCAUCCCAGUACCUAAAGAGAGCAUUGACCAGUGUCGGCGAAAACUGAAGGUUAAGCUGAAGCAGAAGUUUGUGCGCGUGUUUGAGGGCAUCACUAAAGUACUUCAGGAAGAGGUUCAGAGAGAAGAACAGACCAACACAAUCAUCUCCCACAUCAAGACGUCACGAAGCGUCCACAUCAUGUGUCACAUCCCAGUCUUCUGCUGGAUCACUGCUACAGUUCUGGAGGACGUGUUGAAGAUCACAGACAGAAGACAACUGCCCAAGACCCUGACUGAGAUGUACAUCCACUUCCUGGUGGUUCAGGCCAAAGUCAAGAACUUCAAGUAUGAUGGAAGAUCUGUGACAGAUUCACCCUGGAGUCCAGAGACCAGGAAGAUGAUUGAGUCUCUGGGAAAACUGGCCUUUGAACAGCUGAAGAAAGGAAACCUGAUCUUCUAUGAAUCCGACCUGACAGAGAGUGGCAUCGAUAUCAGCUCAGCCUCAGUGUACUCAGGAGUGUUCACACAGGUCUUUAUAGAGGAGAGAGGACUGUACCAGGACAAGAGGUUCUGCUUCAUCCAUCUGAGUGUCCAAGAGUUUCUGGCUGCUCUUCAUGUCCAUCAGACCUUCAUCAACACUGGAGUCAAUCUGCUGUCAGAAGAACAAACCACAUCCCAGAGGUCUGGAUCUGCACAGGCACAGUUCUACCAGACCGCUGUGGACCAGGCCUUACAGAGUCCAAAUGGGCACCUGGACCUGUUCCUGCGCUUCCUCCUGGGUCUAUCACUGCAGACCAAUCACAGACUCCUACAUGGUCUGGUGAAACAGACAGGAAGUAGCUCAGAGACCAAUCAGAAGACAGCUGAGUACAUCAAGAAGAAGAUCAACGAUGAACUGUCUGUAGAGAAAAGCAUCAACCUGUUCCACUGUCUGAAUGAACUGGAGGAUGGAUCUCUGGUGGAUCAGAUCCAACAGUACCUGAGAUUAGGACGUUUCUUCAGUUCUUAUGUGUCUCCUGCUCAGUGGUCAGCUCUGGUCUUCAUCUUACUGUCAUCAGAUAAAGAUCUGGAGGAGUUUGACCUGAACAAAUACUGUGGUUCAGAGGAGGCUCUUCUGAAUUUGCUGCCAGUCGUCAAAGCCUCCAACAAAGCUGUAUUGACUGUCUAUGACCUGUCAGAAAGAGGCUGUGAAGGUCUGUCCUCAGUUCUCAGAUCCCAGUCCUCUAGUCUCAGACAUCUGGACCUCAGAACCAACGACCUGGAGGAUUCAGGACUGAAGAUCCUGUCAGAUGGACUAAGGAGUCCAGACUGUAAACUGGAGACUCUCAGGUUGAGUAUCUGUAACCUGUCAGAGAGAAGCUGUGAAGGUCUGUCCUCAGCUCUCAGAUCCCAGUCCUGUAGUCUGACACAUCUAGACGUCAACAACAUGGACCUGAAGGAUUCAGGACAGAAGAUCCUGUCAGAUGGACUAAGGAGUCCAGACUGUAAACUGGAGACUCUCAGGUUGAGUAUCUGUAACCUGUCAGAGCGAAGCUGUGAAGGUCUGUCCUCAGUUCUCAGAUCCCAGUACUGUAGUCUGACUCAUCUGGACCUUGACAACAUGGACCUGAAGGAUUCAGGACUGAAAAUCCUGUCAGAUGGACUAAGGAGUCCAGACUGUAAACUGGAGACUCUCAGACUGUCAGGAUGUCUGAUCACAGAGGAAGGAUGUUCUUCUCUGGUCUCAGCCCUGAAGUCCAAUCCGUCCCAUCUCAGACUGUUGGACCUGAGCUACAACCAUCCUGGAGCCUCAGGACAGGAGCUGUGUGCUCUAGUGGAGGAUCCACACUGGGGACUGGACACUGUCAGGUUGGAGCCCAGUGGAGUCCGAUGGUUGAAACCAGGUCUGAGGAAGUGUAAGUGGAUUUCCAUUGGAUUCCAGAGUAAACCCAACCUGAACAUACAGUGGGAGCUGGUACCACAUCUGGAUCCAAACACAGCGAACGAAAAACUCAAACUGUCUGAAAACAACAAGAAGGUGGAACGAGUAGAGGAGGUUCAGUCCUAUCCUGAUCAUCAGGACAGAUUUGAGUAUGAGCCUCAGCUGAUGUGUUCAACUGGUCUGACUGGUCGGUGUUACUGGGAGGUCCAGUGGAGUGGAGACGUUAAUAUAUCAGUGACGUACAGAGGAAUCAGAAGGAAAGGAAACAGUGGAGACUGUGGGUUUGGAGAAAAUGAUCAGUCCUGGAGUCUGGUCUGUGAUGGAGAUUGUUACAGUGUCUGUCAUAAUACAAAAUACACAGACAUCCCUCAGUCCUCCUCCUCCUCCUCCGGUACAGUCUCAGUGUAUGUGGACUGUCCUGCUGGAUCUGUGUCCUUCUACAGAGUCUGCUCUGACAAACUGAUCCACAUCUACACCUUCAAAACCACAUUGACUGAACCACUGUUUGGAGGAUUUGGACUGUGGUCUGGAUCCUCAGUGUCUCUGUGUGAUGUGUAGAUGUGUUGUAUAGUUGUGU